AUGAUAAAUUAACCAAAUUCAAUUAUAGAAUUACCUUUCCAGGUUUCUACAAGUCAUAUCCUAGACUUAUUUAUUAGCUGCACAAAAAAGAAGUAAAGUUUUCAAAUUAUUAUUAUAGAUAAUAUUAAAUAUUGGAGAAGGAUUCAAAUUAAAUUAUAGCUAUUAAGGAAAAUGUAGCAGUGAUUAAAAAUACUUUAAAAAGAAUGAUUUGCAUAUAAGAAAACACUUUUGAAUAAAUUUGUUUGGUUAAAAUCUAAAUUGAUACAAAUUAAGUUAAAUGUGUCAGAAUAGUUUCUAUAAGAGGGAUCACUGGACAUUAUGAUGAAAAUUAAGAAUUGAUUAACUAUUUCUUAUCUAAAAUUGAUAAAUUGCGUAAUAAGAAAACUUAAGAUUAAAAUAUGAUGAAUGAAGCAUCUGAAUUUGUUGGGAUUGUGAAUGUUUCAGAAGAGAUGGAAAAUCCUGCAAAUCAAAACCCAUAUUAUUUAGAAACAAGUGCUUAUUAUAUGUUUCAUAAGUUAUUAUGUGCUUCAAAUUAUGGCUUAGGAAAAAAAGUAGCAGAAUAUAUUCAAAAAUUAUAAAACAAUCUUAAUAAUGACUAAACUAACAUUAAAUAAAAUGUUUAAUAAUUAAAUGCAUUUAUUAAUCAAAUUGUGGAAACAUUAUUUCAAUCUUUUAAUUUUGGUAAAUAAGAAACUACUUAAAUAAUGCCUUAUUGCAAGAUUUCUAUUGAAAAAUAUUUUUAUUUAAAGUUAUCUCAUUGUAUUUUACCUCAAUACUAAAACAUGUUUAAAUAAUAGAAUGAAUUAUUCAGAUCUAAGAAAAUAGACAGAAAUAACAUAUAGAUAAAAAGUGAUUUACAUAAAGAUCUAUAGAUUCCAGAAUUCAAUUCUUAAUAAACAAUACGAAUUACAGAAGCCUUAAAUGAAUUAGAUAAAAUUGAAUAUAUGAGUUAUCCUAGAGAGAAGUUGAGGUGUUUAUAAUUGAUGAAUGCAAUUCUUAAAGGUACUCUUUAUAAUAUUAUUACAUAGCUAUUAACUCUGGUUUAAUUGAUUAAUUAGUGAAGUACUGUUUGAUAUUGAGUAAUGUAGAUCAUCCAUUCUCAGAAAUUUAAUUACUCAUAGAUUCAACAAGUUCACAAGAUAGACAAUUCCUGAAUAAAAUUUAUGUACAAAAUUAUUUAAUUAUAGCAUCAAUUAGAAGAAAUAAUCAGUUCUUGAUAUAUUAAUUUUAAUUAAUUUAAUUUAUUAAUAAAAAAACUUACAAAAGGAUGAAUAACUUUGAUGAAGACCCAAAUCCCAAUUCCACAGGUCUAAUUAACAAAUUAGGUUUUUAAGUACAAUUACUAUAGCUAGUGGAACUAAAAAUGUUGUAACAGGAACAGUGAAUUCCGUUGGAUACGGUAUAUGGUGGGCUGGCUCAGGCAUAGUUAAUGCUAGUGGCAAUCUUCUUCAUCUUGGAAAAGGUGGAUUCAGCAAAACUCCUAAAGCUUAAGAAAACAAUGAGCUUAAAGGACAAUAGUUAGUAAACAUCAAUAAAUGA